CAGCCGAACAAAUACCCUCGCAGAACGUCAAAAACGUCGUUCGGUAUGCGAAUGUGAGCCAUUGUCAAAACAGUAUAGCAUUCUGGGCACAGGACUAAGCGACAUAUUCACUACUCGUAUUGGCGAGCGAAGCGUAAUACAGAAUGACCCCGAAAACCAUCAUCGGAUAGAGAUGCAACCUGAUCGAAUCUAUGGGCUGAGAACUACAGAGGCCAUGGAGAAGAUUCUAGAGCGACAACAUAAUUCCCACCUAGGAGAAGACCCUGAGAUCGAUGAAUUGCUCAAUAGAUUGACUAUAAGCUGCAAUCCAGAUAGUGGUGGAAGAGCCUCGAUAUAUCCUUUCUUAGUAAUGGAAGCCAAAAGCCUCAAAAGCAAAAGCAAUUUUCAGGAUAUUGAGAGACAAACGGCAGUACCGAUACGAAAUCAUCUGUACCUACAACUCAAGCUCCAAGACGAUGAAUUCAACAGGAUGCAGAUACCAGGGGGCCCAUUGUCUUGGUUUCUUGCGUAUAUUGGUGAGAUGUGGAGGGUAUACGGAUGUUAUGUCACAAAGUCUAGCCCGGACGAUCUGCCCUAUUAUAAUAUCGUUCUUCUAUGGGAAGGGAGUGUUACUGGCUAUGACGAAGCACUUCAACUGGUUCUAAUUGUGGACUACAUCGUUGAUUGGGCGCGUGAUAUCUUCCGGCCCAGUAUCAUAAGACAACUGAUGUCUGUAGUAGACAAAGGCUCGCGAUCAUCUUACACAAUCAUCGAAGAACCCGACAUUCUCUCAAUACCGGGUUAUGCAAACUCUUGGUAUGGCGACAGACCUGUCGCUACCAUUAGCGGAGCUGAGACAAUUGGGGUGCCCAAGGAACCGGCCUUCGAUGCAAUGGACUCCACCAUUGAGUCUUCUCUCCAACCCCUCUUUGAGGACAUAGGAACACAUGUUGAUAUCAGGGUCUGGGAAGGCGCCAAGUAUGUGGCACGAGUACGAGGGCUGUACAUCACCGGAAACAACACUGCUGCUAACGAACAUCUUACGAACACGGGCUAUCGAAGGUUGGAAACGGUUCAUAUGAGUCGUUGUUGGUUCCUUCUACCACACGCCCAGGACAUCAAGACUAUCGAACAAGCUUGGACAGGGAGCCAAGAGAUCAAGGACAUGCAAGAUCUUUCGACAGAGAGGAUCUUGAUUUCUCUCUAUGUGCAGUAUCGCAAAGAUGGUGACGAAAAUUUGGAUCCUGGAGCAAACAUUGGACCAAAAUGAGCUGAUCGCUUCGGCUGACGAACUUGGACUCAAGCUGCGCGAAGCCUGGGCUUCGAGCCACGAGAAUUACUUCCAGCGUUACGCCACCAGCCAA